CACGUUGGUGACGGUUCCAAGUCCCUCUCUCUAUCUCUUUUGUUUCCAGCAGUAGCUGCAGUACGAGAAUCUUUCUUUAUUGAUAGCGCCGCAAUUCCUUUAUCUUUAGUAGAAGAACUGUCCCGUUUAUUCCAACUAGAUUGAACUGAAUAUGGCUGAGCCUGAGUCUGUGUCUCAAGACAGCAUUAAGUAUGUACUUGUGAGUGGAGGUGUCAUCAGCAGCAUUGGAAAGGGAAUAAUCACCAGCUCUCUUGGUACUCUGUUGAAAUCGGUCGGGCUAAGAGUGACGGCCAUUAAGAUUGAUCCUUAUCUUAACAUUGACGCUGGAACAUUUUCUCCUUAUGAACAUGGUGAAGUAUUUGUAUUGAAUGAUGGCGGUGAAGUGGAUCUUGAUCUCGGUAACUACGAGAGGUUUCUUGACAUUGCCCUCACGAAGGAUAACAAUAUAACGACUGGAAAGAUUUAUCAACAUGUUAUCAAUAAAGAAAGAAGAGGAGAUUACCUAGGGAAGACUGUUCAAGUUAUUCCUCACAUUACCGACACUAUUCAAGAGUGGGUGGAGCGUGUUGCUAGGAUACCGGUCGAAAGCAGUGGGGAAAUCCCUCAAGUCUGUGUCAUUGAACUUGGAGGGACCAUAGGAGACAUUGAAGGCAUGGCAUUCAUUGAUGCUUUCAGACAAUUUCAAUUUAAAGUCGGCCAUCAUAACUUCUGUAAUAUCCAUGUUAGCCUUGUGCCAGAGGUUGGUAGUUCUUCUGAGCAAAAGACCAAGCCAACACAAAAUAGUGUGAGACAGCUGCGUGGUCUUGGACUAACUCCUGAUCUAAUUGUGUGUAGGAGCAAACGUAAGGUUGACCAAUCUGUGAGGACAAAGAUAUCACAGUUCUGUCAUGUUCCACCUGAGCAGGUUCUUUCUGUCCACGACUGCCCGUCCAUUUAUCAAGUCCCUUUGCUACUGCACAAUCAAUCAAUCUUGAAUUUCCUUUCAAAGAGACUCAACCUCCCGUGCCUCACUCCUCCUCGCCCUCCCUCCUUCCUCAACCAGUGGAAGAACCUUGCCGAUCGCUACGAUAACAUACGAGACGACGUCAAGAUUGUCCUAGUGGGGAAAUACACUAAACUUGAGGACGCUUAUACUUCUGUCAUCAAAGCAUUAAAACACGCUGCUCUCUUUUGUAGACGGAAACUCAAUCUAGUGUGCGUGGAAGCAGAGUUACUUGAAGAGGAAACAAAGGAUACGAAUCCCACUUCCUACCACACAGCUUGGGGAAACCUCUGCUCUGCUAAUGGCAUAUUAGUUCCUGGUGGAUUUGGUGGCAGGGGCAUCGAAGGCAAGAUAGUAGCAGCUCGAUAUGCAAGAGAAAAGAACAUACCUUAUCUUGGGGUGUGUCUGGGCAUGCAGACUGCUGUCAUUGAGUUUGCUAGGAACAUAUUGGAUUGGAAAGAUGCUAAUUCAAAGGAGUUUAAUACUGCUACAACUCAUCCUGUUGUCAUAGAGAUGCCCGAACACCACCCAGGGGACAUGGGAGGGACCAUGAGACUCGGCCUGAGGGAGACCAGGUUCCGUUACAAAGACACUGUCAUUGGUAAAUUGUAUGGAAGCAAAAAAUCCAUAAAAGAGAGACACAGACAUCGUUACGAGGUCAAUCCGAAAUUAAUUGAUAGUUUUGAGUCUAAAGGCCUGAGGUUUGUGGGAGAGGACACAGAUGGACAGAGGAUGGAGAUCAUGGAAAUUACUGGUCAUCAGUACUUUGUUGGUGUUCAGUAUCAUCCGGAAUAUCUCACUCGUCCAUUAAAACCCUCACCUCCUUAUCUUGGACUUAUACUAGCAUCAUGUGGGAAGCUACAGAAUUACAUAGCUAGAGGUUGCAUACCCUCCCCACGCUGCAGCUAUGAAUAUUACUCUGAUGAUUCCGAUACUGAACUUAACGACGAGGUAACGCAGGCAUUUGGACGUACGGCCAGUAGCAACUCCAUCGGCCCGUUUGAAAAUUCACCAUUAUCCUGUUCACCUUCAAACAAUUGAAUGAUAAUUGGGACGAGCCUGAGCUAGCCCUGUUUGUAGGCGUACUUCAUCCCCUAUUUAUUUAUCUUAUUUAUUUGAUUUAGUAUGUUAGCACACUAGUAGUGUAUUGUUGACAUUCAUUUCUUUUAACUCUAAAAUUAAUUAUUAUUUUUUGUAUUAUAAUUUUAAAAGAUUUAAUUUAGAAUGAUUAUAAAAUUUUAACUUCAAAUUUCACAGCAGUUGUACUACAUUGUAACUACAAAUAAAGAGAAAAGAAAAUUGCAAUAAAAUGCCUUAGAACCUUCAGCAUCAGAUUUCUGCUCCUUUGUAUAUGUACCUCAACAUGAUAGUACUAGUAAAGCAUUUUUUAUUAAAAUAGAAAGAUUAACAUAGCACAAUGAAAUGUAUGAAUGAACUAUAACAAUAUCCUUGCAAGAGAGAGAGAGAGAGUAAAUAUUAAAUGAUUAAAAUACUAUUUUUAAAGA